CCCGUCUCUGCGUGUCAUAGACGUAUGCCGUGGCCUUUAAGGGUGUACUCGCAGCUUAACGCUCUGUGCUGAUUUCUCUUGACGUUGACGUAAACAGAAUACAUUUUUUCUCAUGAUGUGUUGGAACUGUGCGAUGUGAUGGUAUGACGUAGGAUGUUGUGUUUGACAUGCAAGAAUACAUAUUGUAACUUUUGUUUUAAUGGCUAGGAUAUGAUUUGGUUGUACUUGUAAGAAGAUGGUUUGCUCCAAUAGAAAAGAGGUGAUUUGGUUUUUUGGAACUGGCAAGAGUUUUCUGUUGCUUGUUUGUUUGUUUGUUGUUGUUGUUUUUUUGGCUUAAAAUUAUGGCCCAUCAUGAAAGCAUAACUCCUCUAACAAAGGAGAGCCCCCCCCCACAUCAUCACAUCAUCAUAUCAUCACAUCAUCACAUCAUCAUAUCAUUACAUCAUCACAUCAUCAUAUCAUCACAUCAUCAUAUCAUCAUAUCAUCACAUCAUCAUAUCAUCACAUCAUCAUAUCAUCACAUCAUCACAUCAUCAUAUCAUAACAUCAUCAUAUCAUCACAUCAUCAUAUCACCAUAUCAUCACAUCAUCAUAUCAUCAUAUCAUCAUAUCAUCACAUCAUCAUAUCAUCAUAUCCUCACAUCAUCACAUCAUCAUAUCAUCACAUCAUCAUAUCACCAUAUCAUCACAUCAUCAUAUCAUCAUAUCAUCACAUCAUCAUAUCAUCAUAUCCUCACAUCCUCACAUCAUAUCAUCAUAUCAUCAUAUCCUCACAUCCUCACAUCAUCAUAUCAUCACAUCAUCAUAUCAUCAUAUCCUCACAUCCUCACAUCAUCAUAUCAUGAUAUCAUCAUAUCCUCACAUCCUCACAUCAUCAUAUCAUCACAUCAUCAUAUCCUCACAUCAUCAUAUCAUCAUAUCAUCAUAUCCUCACAUCAUCACAUCAUCAUAUCAUCACAUCAUCACAUCGUCAUAUCUUCGUAUCAUCAUUGAUAAAAGAUAUCAAAAUCAGUGUGCUCUUAGACCUGACAUAAAAUGGGCCCCCAUCAAAACUUGUGUGCCCUUUAGAGUAAGUGUAUCCUGCACGACCUUUAACCUUUAGUUAAACUUCUGUCUCACGCAUUAUUUUUUUUACUAUAAUUCUACAUAGUAUAGCGCGUUCGAAAAGAAAUUUAACGAACAUUUUAACGUGCGAACUGGAAAAAAAAAGAAGAAAAGAUUCGACCGAAUGUCCGUUCGAUCAAAUUUCCGUUCGAUCAAUUUUAUCGUCGACGAAAUUUCUUUCGAUCACAUUUCCGGUAACCGUGAUUGAAACCUCCCAAUCUUUGUAUUGUGUCCAGCGUCGUAACACAGAAUUGCGUCUUCAAAAGAUAAUUGCAAAUGUAAACUCAAGGUCACAUAGGUCAAGGUCAGGCUACAAGAUUUGAAAAAUAACCCAAAGAUAAGGGAGUUAAAUGUUGUUUUUGGUUUUUCGGCAAUUUUCUUAACUGAUGCCAUGUAUGAUAUUUAUUGAUAAAGAAUUUGUUUUAAUAGACAUUCGUCGACUUGGGUCAGACUUUCUGAAAUCCAUUGCGAUUUAUAUCAUAGAGUUGACAUAUCAUAGAGUUAACAUGUCAUAGAUUUGACAUAUCAUAGAGUUGACAUAUCAGAGGUGACAUAUCAUAGAGUUGACAUAUCAUAGAGUUAACAUGUCAUAGAUUUGACAUAUCAUAGAGUUGACAUAUCAGAGGUGACAUAUCAUAGAGUUGACAUAUCAGAGGUGACAUAUCAUACAGUUGACAUAUCAUAGAGUUGACAUAUCAGAGGUGACAUAUCAUACAGUUGACAUAUCAUAGAGUUGACAUAUCAGAGGUGACAUAUCAUACAGUUGACAUAUCAUAGAGUUGACAUAUCAGAGGUGACAUAUCAUACAGUUGACAUAUCAUAGAGUUGACGUAUCAUAGAGUUGACGUAUCAUAGAGUUGACAAAUCAUAGAGUCGACAUAUCAUAGAGUUGACACAUCAGAGUUGACAUAUCACAGAGUUGACAUAUCACAGUGUUGACAUAUCAUAGAGUUGACAUACCACAGAGUUGACAUACCAUUGAGUUGACAUACCAUAGAGUUGACAUACCAUACAGUUGACAUACCAUAGAGUUGACAUACCAUAGAGUUGACAUACCAUAGAGUUGACAUACCAUACAGUUGACAUACCAUACAGUUGACAUACCAUACAGUUGACAUACCAUAGAGUUGACAUACCAUAGAGUUGACAUACCAUAGAGUUGACAUACCAUAGAGUUGACAUACCAUACAGUUGACAUACCACACAGUUGACAUACCAUACAGUUGACAUACCAUACAGUUGACAUACCAUACAGUUGACAUACCAUACAGUUGACAUACCAUACAGUUGACAUACCAUACAGUUGACAUACCAUACAGUUGACAUACCAUACAGUUGACAUACCAUACAGUUGACAUACCAUACAGUUGACAUACCAUACAGUUGACAUACCAUACAGUUGACAUACCAUACAGUUGACAUACCAUACAGUUGACAUACCAUACAGUUGACAUACGGCCAUUAUACAAUUAGUUGAAUUACCCGCAGCGCCACGUCCGAGCAGCAGUCCGGCCUGCCACGCUCUGUGUAGCCUCAGUCCGGCCUGCCACGCUCUGUGUAGCCUCAGUCCGGCCUGCCACGCUCUGUGUAGCCUCAGUCCGGCCUGCCACGCUCUGUGUAGCCUCAGUCCGGCCUGCCACGCUGUGUGUAGCCUAAUUCUUGUGUCGGACAUUCUCUACAUGUUUAAUAGCCGUGCUGUAUUGUAGAUCGGUGCUUAAAUGAAGGGGUUUUGUGUGUGUGUAUGUGUGUGUGUAUUAUUUGUGAGUGAGGGGCGCCAAGCAAAAAGACGGCCCCCGCCGGGCGUCACUCAAGCUCCUAGCCACGACACUGUAGACAGAAGUGAAAUUGCCCGUCCAAGUAACACACACUGCUACUGAUAAAUGCCUUGUAUAGCCGGUUACGUCAGAUGACACACACGCGGACCCAGCUACCUAUACGGAUUUUUUUCUUUAUAAACGUCCGCUUCUUUCACGUAAGGUCAAGGUCUCAGUUUUUUUUUUUUAAGAACACAUCUGCUUUAACUUUAACAAUAGAACAAAACUAGAACAAUCGAUAUUGACAGCGACCCCCCACUUCCGGUCUCCCCAGAUGAACUACCAACACACACACGAGGAUGGCUUCGUCUCCACAUUCUUCACUUGGUUUAGGGACGUGACAAGUACACACAGUGGUGAGUGAGUUGUCAUGUCAUUGUCAUUGUCUGUAGUUUAGGCCUAUACAAUGCUAUAUCACAUAAAGUUUUAGACAUUGACAGUAGCAAGUUCACAUGGGUUUGUUUAUAGACAGCAGCAAAUUGACACGUAUUUGUUUAAAGACAGCAGCAAGUUGACAUCCAUUUGUUUAUAAUUAAGAUCGAUGUAGUCUAUAUAACGGUUUAGACCUAGGCAGUGCCACGUUAUCAUGGGUUUGAUCCUAAACUAGAUAACUAGGUCUAUAUUGUCUAGAAAUACGUCAUUGAUCAUCUGUGGGUGUGUCAAGGGGUGGGUAAGAGAAUGGGAGUGUCAUGUUUACCCUAAAUUUUGCUAAAAUCCGUUGGGAGAAAAUCCGGUUGCAUCUCCAACCCCCCCCCCCACACACACACGCACGGCGUGGAGACGCCCAUAGUAAAAAUGAGACUGGCCGUUUGGGGGAAAAAAAUCAACAACAACAUGAUGACUGAUGUUUUGUUUUGAAAAAUCAAUAAUUGUAUUAAGUAGCUAGUGACCUCCAAUGUUGGCUGUGGCUGAAUGCAGCUGAUGGGUGGUUGGAGACUAUGUAACAAUGCAUCUUGUGAGUGGUUAGAGAGUAUGUAACAAUGCAGCUGGUGGGUGAUUAGAGAGUAUGUAACAAUGCAGCUGGUGAGUGCUUAGAGAGUUUGCAACAAAACAGCUUUGUGUAGCAGUUACACCACGCGAGGGGAAAGUUCAUAGGUGAAAAUAAAUAAUUGAUGGGUGAGAGGUCACUGGUGAUAACAAUCAGACGUGCUGCAGGGCACGUGUGUUGGGACUACACACCCCAAGCGUGCUGCGACCGUGUCAACUCAUUAGUCCCACUACUGCCUGUUCUUGUGAUAAUAAAUAAAUGUUGGCUGGGCUCCUGAUAAAUUAUGUGCAUGCUUUCUUCCAAUUAACUCUAAAUACUUUUUUUGUGUUUUUUAAAAAUGUAUAUUUAAAAGUGACUAUAGGUCUAAAGUUAAAUGGCAAAUCACUUAUAAUAGAACACAUAUACAUAUCCAGAUUGUCUGUAGUCUUUGUCUUUGUUGACAUUCAAGAUUUAUCCACCAACCAAUUGACUCACUCACCAGUUCCUGAUUAUAGGCACCAUCACUGGUUUCAAUACCUUCAUUAGAUGUUUUCUAUUUUACACUCAAACAUGUAUCUAAUUAUAUGUUCAUCAUGGUAUCUACGCACCCCCCCCCCUUGAGUAUCUAUACUCCACCACUUAUGAGGCAUGCAAAAUCAAUCUACUAAUACACUCACCAUUGAAUCUAUUCAUACACUCACCAUUGAAUCUAUUCAUACACUCACCAUUGAAUCUAUUCAUACACUCACCAUUGAAUCUAUUCAUACACGCACCAUUGAAUCUAUUCAUACACUCACCAUUGAAUCUAUUCAUACACUCACCAUUGAAUAUAUUCAUACACUCACCAUUGAAUCUAUUCAUACACGCACCAUUGAAUCUAUUCAUAGUCUCACCAUUGAAUCUAUUCAUACACUCACCAUUGAAUCUAUUCAUACACUCACCAUUGAAUCUAUUCAUACACUCACCAUUGAAUCUAUUCAUACACUCACCAUUGAAUCUAUUCAUACACUCACCAUUGAAUCUAUUCAUAAACUCACCAUUGAAUCUAUUCAUACACUCACCAUUGAAUCUAUUCAUACACUCACCAUUGAAUCUAUUCAUACACUCACCAUUGAAUCUAUUCAUACACGCACCAUUGAAUCUAUUCAUACACGCACCACUGAAUCUAUUCAUACAAUCACCAUUGAAUCUAUUCAUACACUCACCUUGAAUCUAUUCAUACACUCACCAUUGAAUCUAUUCAUACACUCACCAUUGAAUCUAUUCAUACACUCACCAUUGAAUCUAUUCAUACACUCACCAUUGAAUCUACUCAUACACUCACCAUUGAAUCUAUUUAUAUACUCACCUUUGAAUCUAUUUAUACUUUCAACAUUGAACCUAUUCAUACACUCACCAUUGAAUCUAUUUGUAAACCCAACCUUUAAUCUAUUUAUACACUAAACAUUUAAUCUUUUUAUGCAUUCACUCUUGAAUCUAUUUAUUCACUUACCCGUGAAUCUAUGUAUACACUCAAUGAAUAAAUACACCCAACCAAUGUGUCUAUAACACAUCAAUGUAUCUACAUCUCUUGGUCUGGCUAUUGUCACGACCAAAUAAACUCAUCAAGUAUCUACAUCUCUAGGUCUGGCUAUUGUCACGACCAAAUAAACUCAUCAAUGUAUCUACAUCUCUAGGUCUGGCUAUUGUCACGACCAAAUAAACUCAUCAAUGUAUCUACAUCUCUAGGUCUGGCUAUUGUCACGACCAAAUAAACUCAUCAAUGUAUGUACAUCUCUAGGUCUGGCUAUUGUCACGACCAAAUAAACUCAUCAAUGUAUCUACAUCUCUAGGUCUGGCUAUUGUCACGAUCAUUGUCUUUAUAGCGUCCAUCCUGAUGGAGGCACUGGCCAGUGCCAUGAGACGGCUACACUCACGACCUCUCUUUUGGAUACGGUAAGCUGUAAGGUGUAAGACAUUCACUGAGGCUACCAUUACAAUUGUGUCUUAAGUUGAAAGACAUUCACUGAGGCUACCACUACAAUUGUAUCUUUCAGAAUACUUUCAAAAGUCACAAAAUGAAGGUCUCCGCUAGGUUGACCCAGGCUUUGGGGCAUUAUCCUGAACUUCUUUUAAAGGUCACCAAAUAGCUCACUUGAAAUAUUGAGCCUUUUACAAAGGUCACCAAAUAACUCAGGUGUUGUGUGUGUGUGUGUUUUGGUGGGGGGGGGGGAGCCUCCGUUGAUUGCAUGACGUCACAAAAUAAUCGAUUACAUUUACGAUGCAAGUUUUAAUGAGAAUCGAUGUGCACAAUAUGGGAAAUAAGUUGAGACGAUACUGAUAAAUAUAGAUGAAACCUUGAAUCCCUCUUUCUCUCUAAUCUCUGACACCAUGCUCCAUCUCUCCAUUGUCCUCCAUGUCAUGCCUCAACCCUCAUCCUCACAACUCCAUCUUCCUCCCCUCCAUCCCCACACAUUCAUCCCCACCCCUCCAUCUCCACCCCUGCCAUUUCCACACUCCAUCUUCCCAUUCAAUUCCCACCUUCCCUCUCCACACUCUAUCCCCAUCUCUCCAUCCCCACACUCUAUCCUCAUCCCCCCAUCUCCACCCCUCUAAGCCACUCCACCAUCCCCCCACCCUCACUCCCUCUCAAUCUUGUUCCUGGCAUGUUUUAUGGUCCUAUGUUAUUUGAAGAGACGAGUCCGAUGUGAUUCUUGACAAUAUAGGAUACAACUUCAAAGCCAAAGUACACAUUUAAAGCCAGUGAGCUACACACACACAUUUAAAGCCAGUGAGCCACACACACACAUUUAAAGCCAGUGAGCCACACACACACAUUUAAAGCCAGUGAGCCCCACACACACACACAUUCAAAUCCUGUCCACUCCAGAAGCCGGCAAAUGACGAGCUCCCUCCACAACGUCCUGGCCACACUGGUCCAUGCGGCAGAGAUGGCGCUGAUGCUCUCCUUGAUGGUCGUGUUCAUGACCCUGAACCUGUGGCUAUGUGUGGCGAUCAUCGUGGGCUCUGCUCUUGGCUACAUGAUGUUCAACUGGCGCUCAACC